GUUUUUUAUUCAGGCACAUAUUUAAUCCCGGCGGACAGCCCCUACAGGUGUGAAACAUGGCGGCUGGUAGUGCCGAACUCUGAUCAAACUCGCUAAAACUCGCUGAAAACAGGUAAAACAGGUUGCGGAGUGUUAGUCUGAUGUAGCUGAAGACCACCAUGUGGGGCAGGCGUAGAGCAGACAUAGCGAGGGCUGUGCUGUUACUGUUAGUGGUGGGAACAGUAGUUUAUCACGGAGCAAAGUUUUACAUGGACAGUCUGCAGCUGGACACACGACACGAGGUGCGGGAAGUGGAGACAGAGAACACAGAGGAAGAGCCUCAGCCAGUUAUAGCGGAUAAUGCAGAGAAGAAGGAACAGCUAAAGCCACAAGUAGACAUUCCUCCAGACCCCCCUAAAUGCGGAAUCCAGCCCCCCUGUAGCAAGGACCAGUUUGCGUUCGCCAUCAGCAGUGGGCAGGCGCAGAGGGUCGGGCCCAGGAUCUGCUUCGACGGGAAGGAUCUGGUUAGUGACGACACACACAACGCAGGCAGGGGCAUGAACAUUGUCGUCAUCGAUGGUCAGUCCAAGGAGGUGUUAAAAAAAGAUUCGACUAUGGUAUUCACAGAUGACGCUGAGCUGAUCAAGUUUCUGCAGAACAGAAAGGAAGGCCAGCUGGUUCUGGUGGCUUCCUACGAUGACGCUGCCUACAAGCUGACUGAAGAGUCGCGGGAGCUGCUCUCAGCGCUGGGCAGUCAGCACAUCGCUGGUCUGAAGUUCCGGGACAGCUGGGCCUUCCUGGGCUACAAGGGCAGCCAUGGGCCGGCUCCUAAGGAGGAGGUACAUCACCAUGUGGACAGGCAGGACGAGUGGCCACAACAAGCUGAGAUCCGCGGCUGUGCGCCUCUGCCAACAGGAGCUGCAGUUCCGGAAGAGCAGCCAGGGGGAGCAGGAGCUGCAGUUCCGGAGCAGCAGCCAGGGGGAGCAGGAGCUGCAGUUCCAGAACAGCAGCCAGGGGGCGCCCCUGAGGACUCCUGUGCCACCUACACCCCCCACUGUGAUGCAGGAGCUCCCGUCUACCUGUUCGCUGGGGACAAGACCAAGAACCACUGGCCGGAGAUAUGCAUAAACGGACAAUAUGUGAUCCGCGGAGGGAAGAUCGGCUGGCGAGGGCUGAAUGUGGUCGUCAUCGACGGUCGGACAUUUCAGGUCACACAGGCAAAAAACUUUGACACCUACGAAAAAGGGAGUUCUGAACUGGAGGACCUUAUAUGGAAAAUGGACGAGACCAGCCUGAUGCUGAUAGCGACUUACGACGAGGCGUCGCGCAGUUUGUCGUCGUACGCUCGAAGCCUCCUCACCGACCUGGGGAGUUCAAAGGUCAAGAACCUGGGGUUUCGAGACAGCUGGGUCUUCAUCGGGCAGAAGGGCAUUGUGGGAGUUUCCCCACACGAGAAGCACGAGAAGGGAGGCGGCCAGUUUGGGGGAGCCGUGGAGAUCAAGGCGUGUCUGGCGGGGAAACUAACCGGUCAGAAGCAGGAGGGGGUCGACAGCAACGUCAACAGGCCCAGGAGAGAGUUCUGCGAGACGUACAACCAAGCUGGGGAGUACGGGGACUUCUGUUCAGAGGAGAAUCAGAAGGAGUCCUUGUUGCCGGCACCUUUAGGAGACCAGCUGGACCUGAGGGGACAUGCCGUGUUCGCCACUCCGAUUGUCGUUAUCGCAAGAACAGCGCUGAACCUGGUACAGCAGACGCUGGAGUCCCUCCGGCUGCAGCCCGGAAUCAACCCCAAAAUGGUGCAGGUGAUGAGCGACGGUUCCUUUGAUGAACCCCACAAACUGGCAAAUCUGUACGGCUUUCAAUGGCAGAGCCUCCAGCCCACCACCAAGUAUGUCUACCAGAUGCAUCAUGCCAUGGCUCGUGUCUUCGAAACGUUCAAGGACUCGAAGUAUGCCAUAUUUAUCGACGAAGGGUUCCGGGCGCGACCGGGAUUCCUGCGCUACUUCGGCCAGACUCUGUCUCUGCUUGACCAGGAUGAUUCUGUCUUCAGUGUGUCGGCCUGGAACCACAACGGUUUUGAAGGCCUGUCCCAGGACCCCAGCCUUGUCUACAGAACGGAAGAUUUCCCUGCAACUGGGUGGGUCGUGCGGAGGUCAGUGUGGGAGUCAGAG